AUGGGGUGUGUUCUGAGUCGAGAGGUUACCUCAGGCAUAGUUCAUGAGUCUAAGGGAAGUAGGAGAGAAGCUGAACAUCGUGACCAAAAGAAGAAUUACAGUCUUGGCGCUGUUGAAUCUGGUAAUACUUUAGAUGUCGCAGCAACAACAGAAAUUGAUAACGGAAAUGCUGGGUUUGGUAAUGGUGGGUCCCAGAAGGAGGAGAAGGUGGAAGGUGUUGGAAGGCCGAGGGUUGAGAGGAGAAGAUUGGUGCUGAAUCCGAGGAUGAGUAAUCCCCCUAAGCAUAAACACGGGGAGCAAGUUGCUGCCGGAUGGCCAUCUUGGCUUUCCACUGUUGUUGGGGAAGCAAUCGAUGGUUGGCUUCCUCGACGUGCUGACAGUUUUGAGAAAAUUGAUAAGAUUGGACAAGGAACAUAUAGUAACGUGUACAAAGCAAAGGAUACUAUUACAGGUAAAAUUGUUGCACUAAAGAAGGUCCGGUUUGAUAAUUUGGAACCAGAAAGUGUGAAAUUUAUGGCCAGAGAGAUUAUCAUUUUGCGACGACUGGAUCAUCCUAAUGUUAUUAAGUUGGAGGGUCUGGUUACUUCAAGAAUGUCAUGUAGUUUAUACUUGGUGUUUGAGUACAUGGAGCAUGAUUUGGCUGGACUUGCUGCUAGCCCAGGGAUUAGGUUUACUGAAGCGCAGGUUAAGUGUUACAUCCAUCAGCUCUUAUCUGGACUUGAGCACUGUCACAGUCGUGGUGUGCUCCACCGUGACAUUAAAGGGUCAAACCUUCUUCUUGACAACAAUGGAAUACUUAGAAUAGCUGAUUUUGGGUUGGCUACAAUUUUUGAUCCUAAUCGCAAACACCCUAUGACUAGUCGGGUGGUUACGCUCUGGUAUCGGCCCCCCGAGCUUCUUCUUGGGGCUACUGAUUAUGGUGUAGGUAUAGAUCUGUGGAGCACAGGUUGCAUUUUGGCUGAAUUAUUGGCUGGGAAGCCCAUCAUGCCUGGUCGAACUGAGGUGGAACAACUGCAUAAGAUAUACAAGCUAUGUGGCUCCCCUUCUGAAGAAUAUUGGAAAAAGUCAAAGUUGCCUAAUGCAACAUUAUUUAAGCCCCGAGAACCUUACAAGCGAUGCAUAAAAGAGACAUUUAAGGACUUCCCACAAUCGUCUCUGCCACUGAUUGAUACUCUUCUUGCAAUUGACCCAGCAGACCGCAAUACUGCGACCGAUGCAUUAAGUAGUGGACGACGACGUCUAAUUACCCAUGCCAAUGCUAAAAGCAAGAGCGAGAAGUUUCCUCCACCACACCAGGACGGAGGACUUGGUGUUCCCUUGGGUGCUUCACAUCACAUUGAUCCUGCAUUUGUUCCUCCUGAUGUGCCAUUUAGCUCCACCUCUUUCACGUAUUCAAAAGAAACUGUUCAAAAUUGGUCAGGUCCUUUGGUAGAUCCCAUUGUAGUUGGCAAUGGGAGGCGUAAGAAGCAUGCUGCAAGUGAUGCACGAGAACCAACAAAACCCUCUAUAGGCAAGAAAGACAGAAGUGGCAACAUUCGAGUCAAAUGAAAGGAGGCUUAGUUAAUUGCCAAAAAAAUGGUUGGGCUAAGUUUUCUAGCAUACACUGAGAAUCAGAUGCAUGGGGAGUCUGAAAUUUUGUCCAUCUUUUCUUACUUCAUCAAGUAUAAAGAUUUAUUUCCUUUUUGUCCUUCUCAAUUUGUUGGGAUGAUGAGAAGCUUCCCUAUUUGUGAAUAUUUUGAUUAUUUUAUUGAUUCCUUGUGUUUGAAAAUCAACCAGUCAAAUUUUGGAUAAAUAUUUGAGGCCAACACCAUUGAAACUAUUUUUUGCAACCCUAACUUCUGGAGAUGGAAUGCUGGUG